CAUGGACACAGGUUCCGUGGGAGGAUUAGACCUGACAGAACAGACUCCUGUUUUAUUAGGGACGACAGCCAUGGCGACUAGUCUCUCGAAUGUAGGGAAUUCAUUUGGAGGUCCAGCUAAUUCUUUAGUUCCCAGACCCAAUAAAUUUCAGAACUCAUCAAUGGAAGAUGACGAUGACGUCGUUUUUAUUGAACCUCUCCAACCUCCACCAACUUCCGCCCCUGCUCUGGCUGAUCAAAGAAACGUGACUUUUACUUCAGCAAAAAAUGAAGAGCUACAAGGAAACGAUUCCAAAAUGCUUCCUUCCUCAAAAGAUUUGUCUUCUCAGAAGGGAAGUAUAAGUGAGACUAUUAUCAUUGAUGAUGAAGAGGACAUUGAAACAAAUCAAGGGCCAGAGAAAAAUGCUUCCAGUUUUACUGAGCGGAGACUUCCUGAGGCAAAAAACAGAGCCAAUGAUUUGGAUUUCUCAGCUUCCAGUUUUUCAAGAAGCAAGGUAAAUGCAGGAAUGGGUAAUAGUGGUAUCACCACAGAACCAGACUCUGAAAUUCAGAUUGCUAAUGUUACCACGUUAGAGACAGGUAUAAGCUCUGUGAAUGAUGGCCAAUUAGAAAACUCUGAUGGGCGUGAUAUGAACUUAAUGAUUACACAUGUAACAUCACUGCAGAAUGCCAACAUGGGAGAUGUGUCUAACGGACUGCAGUCAAGUAAUUUUGGUGUUAAUAUACAAACGUACACCCCAUCUUUAACUUCACAGACCAAGACUGGAGUAGGACCUUUUAAUCCUGGUAGAAUGAAUGUGGCAGGAGACGUUUUUCAGAAUGGAGAAUCUGCAACUCACCAUAAUCCUGAUUCCUGGAUAUCCCAGUCGGCUUCAUUUCCUCGAAAUCAGAAGCAGCCAGGGGUGGAUACUUUGUCCCCAGUGGCCUCCCUUCCCAAACAGAUUUUCCAGCCUUCUGCACAGCAGCAACCCACUAAACCAGUUAAAGUUACUUGUGCAAACUGCAAAAAACCUUUGCAGAAAGGACAGACUGCAUAUCAGCGAAAAGGAUCAGCUCACCUCUUUUGUUCCACUACCUGCCUUUCCUCCUUCUCACACAAGCCUGCUCCAAAGAAACUCUGCGUCAUGUGCAAAAAAGACAUAACAACAAUGAAAGGUACCAUUGUUGCACAAGUGGAUUCAAGUGAAUCUUUCCAGGAGUUCUGCAGCACAACAUGUUUGUCACACUAUGAAGAUAAGCAGAAUCCUUCCAAAGGAAUCUUAAAUAAAUCGAGAUGCACAAUUUGUGGUAAACUAACUGAGAUUCGUCAUGAAGUUAGCUUUAAAAAUAUGACUCAUAAGCUGUGUAGUGACCACUGCUUCAACAGAUACCGAAUGGCAAACGGUUUAAUAAUGAAUUGCUGCGAACAGUGCGGAGAGUACUUGCCCAGCAAAGGAGCUGGAAAUAAUGUCCUUAUGGUCGACGGGCAGCAGAAAAGGUUCUGCUGCCAAAGUUGUGUCAGUGAUUACAAACAGGUAGGUAGCCAUCCUACCUUCCUGAAGGAGGUCAGAGAUCACAUGCAAGACUCCUUCCUAAUGCAGUCAGAGAAAUAUGGCAAACUCACAACCUGUACUGGUUGUAGAACUCAGUGCCGGUUUUUUGAUAUGACCCAGUGCAUAGGUCCUAAUGGAUACAUGGAGCCAUACUGUUCAACUGCUUGCAUGAAUACACACAAGACUAAAUAUGCAAAAUCACAAAGUGUGGGAAUCAUUUGCCACUUUUGUAAGAGAAACUCUUUACCUCAGUAUCAAGCCACAAUGCCUGAUGGAAAACUGUACAACUUUUGCAAUUCCAGUUGCGUAGCUAAAUUUCAGGCUCUUAGUAUGCAAUCGUCUCCAAACGGUCAGUUUGUAUCUCCAAGUGAUAUUCAGUUGAAAUGCAGUUACUGCAAAAACUCAUUUUGUUCGAAGCCAGAGAUCCUGGAAUGGGAGAACAAAGUGCAUCAGUUCUGCAGUAAAACAUGUUCAGAUGACUAUAAGAAGUUGCACUGCAUAGUUACAUAUUGUGAAUACUGUCAAGAGGAGAAGACCCUACACGAAACAGUUAAUUUCUCUGGUGUUAAAAGACCAUUCUGUAGUGAAGGUUGCAAGCUGCUCUAUAAACAGGAUUUUGCAAGACGUUUAGGAUUGAGAUGUGUUACUUGCAACUACUGCUCCCAACUAUGUAAAAAGGGAGCAUCUAAGGAGCUUGAUGGUGUAGUGAGAGAUUUCUGCAGUGAAGAGUGCUGUAAAAAAUUUCAAGAUUGGUACUAUAAGGCUGCAAGAUGUGACUGUUGUAAAUCUCAAGGGACUCUUAGAGAACAAGUGCAGUGGCGUGGGGAAAUGAAACAUUUCUGUGAUCAACACUGCUUACUGCGUUUCUACUGUCAGCAAAAUGAGCCCAAUAUGGCGACCCAGAAAGGACCGGAAAACUUACACUAUGAUCAGGGCUGCCAGACCUCACGAACGAAAGCAACAGGUUCUGCACCUCCUCCGUCACCAACGCCGAAUAAGGAAAUGAAGAACAAGGCCGUCCUUUGCAAACCUUUGACUAUGACAAAGGCCACAUACUGUAAACCCCACAUGCAGACGAAGUCUUGUCAAACAGAAGACAAUUGGAAGACAGAACAUGUCCCAGUGCCUAUUCCAGUACCUGUGUAUAUCCCAGUGCCCCUGCACAUGUACAGUCAGAACAUUCCCGUUCCCACGACUCUACCUAUUCCUGUACCUGUUCCAAUUUUUCUGCCUACCACGCUGGACAGUAAUGAGAAGAUCCUUGCAGCUGUUGAGGAGUUGAAGAGUAAAGUUUCUUCAACUCCCCCUGACACUGAGCUACUAACGAUGACAGAUAUGAUGGCUGAAGAUGAGGAGAAAGCAGAGGCGACAGAUAUAAACAGUGUGAUCAUUGAAACAGAUGUGAUCAUUGAUGCAGAACUGUUGAAAAACUCUGCUCUGGAGACGCAAGCAAAUAUGCCUGAUGUCCCAUAUGAACCAGAUCUGGACAUCGAAAUUGAUUUUCCCAGAGCUGCAGAGGAGCUGGACAUGGAGAAUGAGUUCUUGUUGCCACCUGUCUUUGGGGAAGAAUACGAGGAACAACCGAGACCUCGAUCCAAAAAAAAGGGAGCAAAGAGAAAGGCGGUAUCGGGGUACCAGUCCCACGAUGACAGUUCUGACAACUCAGAAUGUAGUUUCCCUUUCAAAUACACCUAUGGAGUGAAUGCCUGGAAACACUGGGUCAGAACUCAAACCCUUGGGCACGACCACCUGCUGUUGGAUGAGCUGGAAUCUACCAAGUCAGUGAAGUUAAAAGAGGACUUGCUCUCUCACAGCACCACUGAGCUGAGCCAUGGACUGGCCCGUUUUGUCAAUGAAAUCCGAAGGCCGAACGGAGAGAGCUAUGCCCCCGACAGCAUCUACUAUCUCUGCCUUGGGAUCCAGGAGUACUUGGGUGGUAGCAAUCGGAAAGACAACAUAUUUAUUGAUCCAAGUUACCAGGCAUUUGAACAAGAAUUAAAUAAAAUCCUCAGAAGUUGGCAACCAAGCAUACUUCCGGACGGGUCAAUAUUCUCUCGAGUGGAAGAAGAUUAUCUCUGGAGGAUUAAACAGCUAGGAUCCCACUCUCCAGUAGCCCUCCUAAACACACUCUUCUACUUUAACACUAAGUAUUUUGGCCUGAAAACAGUGGAGCAACACUUAAGACUUUCCUUUGGCACGGUCUUUAAACAGUGGAAGAAAAAUCCUCUCACAAUGGAGAGCAAAGCUUGUCUUCGAUACCAAGUGUCUUCCUUGUGUGGAGCCGAUAGUGAAGAUAAAAUUUCAACUGGAAAGAGAAAACAUGAAGACGACGAACCAGUGUUUGAACAAAUUGAGAACACAGCCAACCCCUCAAGGUGUCCUGUGAAAAUGUUUGAGUGCUACCUAUCCAAGAGCCCACAGAACCUCAACCAGAGGAUGGAUGUUUUUUACCUUCAACCCGAGGGCUCCAGCUCCUCCGACAGCCCUGUCUGGUACUCGUCAACGUCGCUGGACCGUGCUACCUUGGAAAACAUGCUUGUACGGGUGCUUUUAGUCAAAGAUAUUUAUGAUAGAGACAAUUAUGAACUGGACGAAGACACGGAUUAAAACAAACUUUGAUUCGGAAGCCGUCGGGGGAUAAGAGAACAGCAUUAGAUAGUCAUGCUGCUAGACCUUUAUUACAGAAACAUUUCAAGUUGACUCCUUUCGUUCGAGUUUUGUAGCAGUGUGCCCACACUGGGUAUUACCAUGUAAAUAAUCUGUGAGUGAAAGCUGCCAUUAUUCUAUGUAGUGGUUCUAGGAUACUUAACAUCACAUUCAAAUUCUUUUUUUAUUAUUUAUUUGAUUAGGUAUGUUUGUAACUUUUUACAUUAUGAAAUAUGAAUGAGAAUGUGCCAUGUGUAAUUUUUUUUCUUGUAGUAAGAAACAUCCAUAUUGCACAACUCUACUGUUGCAAAGCUUCCAUGAAAGGGGGCUCUUUGACUGAGUUCUUAAACCAGAUGGUUGCAUAUGGGUAGCACUACUAAAGUUUAGAACUUGCAGUGUCUUUCAGAAUUUUUAAAUAAACUGUAAACUAAUAGGUUUUUCGGGGGUUUUUUUGUUUGUUUUUUUACUUUUUAGUUACUGAAGCCUUACAAGGUUGUGUAGAGAGAUUCCAUCUUAUGUACCAAAAAUAGACAAGGGAAUGCUGUCAAUAUUGGUGUAUGUAAUGUGAAUCUAUUCUGGUGAAAAAACCUUUUCUGUUGCCCUUAUUAAAACUUUAGUGUCCUUUCCUCA